CGUCAACAACAACGUGCAGCCGGACGUCAACAACAACGUGCAGCCGGACACUAAAUGCGCCGCAGCCUACGAUUGGCAGAACGCGAGUCCAAGGCGCAAGCGAUGCACGACCAUGGCUGCCACCUCUGACAAGAGUGCACCAACCAGCCCCAAGAGGCCGCCAGUUCAGCAGGCCGAUGAACCGCUUCUAGCGUUCCUCGACCGUCUCACGAAGUAUUCCGAGACGACGGCCACUGAACUACGCAAGUGGGAAGAAGAGGAAGUCGCCCGCCAGCAGGAGAUUCAACGCCAGCUGGCAGAGGCAGAGGCAGCACGUCAGCAGGCCGCAGCAGAAGCUGCAGCAGCCGCACGGUUGCAACAGCAGCAGGUCGAGGCAGAUCAGAACCAGGCUCGUUACCAAGCCACUAUGGAUCUGACUCACGAUGAAGCCACCUAUGGCAGGCUACUUCGUCGACAACAUUUCCACGAAACCGAGGAACGGCAAGAGCCAACCACGAAGGAAGCAGAUAAAGAAGGAAUAGCAGUUCUGAUGGAGAAUCUGCUUGCAGCAGUCGACUGCAGCCCAGCUUUGACCGCACGGGCAAAGCAAUUGGAAGAGCGGGUCAAUCAUUUAGUCGCAUCCCUUGGCGACAUCAGCAAGUUUGCAGGAGCCUCUACAGUCAGCAAUCAGCUGCAGACGCUCAGCGACCGCGUCGAUCAACGUCCAGUCGCCGUCGCCAAGGAAUGGAAGAUGCCGAACUUCAAAAUCGAGAAGUUUGACGACUAUCACAAGACAGAUCCGCUGCAAUGGUGGAUGGCAUUCAACGCAGAGGCCGACGUGCAUCAUACUCCGCCCCUACGGCGGCUGGAUGCAUUGUACCUCCAACUUAUAGGCGGAGCGCAAGCAUUCAUGACACACAUGGCCGCGACGCUUGAGUGUACCAUCGCCACCCUCCAUACGAAGAUCACGUGGGAGGAGUUCGAGAAGAAAUGGAAGACCCGGUUCAUGGUGAACAAUGACAAGCGUCACGCCUUGAACAAGAUCUUCCACAUCUUCCAAGGCCAGCAACCUUCGUGGGAAUGGUUGACGGAGUGGCAAAGACUCGUCGCCACCCCGGAGUUGAACCUACCGUUCGACUCGAUCCGAGGCGAAUUCUUCGCCCGAUCUUGCGACGCCUUGACUGCUGCUCUCGGCAGCGAAUACGAGUAUAAGAACUUUGACGACAUGAUCGCCAAAGCCAGAGAGCUUAUACAAGGUAACCGACGUGCGGCUAACGAGACUCGUCAGCAGCCCGGUUACGUGGAGAAAGGAAAAGGUCAACGGACGCCGCAAGUAGCAAUAGUCCAGCAAGGACAAAGUGAGGACCACGCAGCCGCUUCAACAUCAAGUGACGGAGAUGUGGCGGCAGCGAUACCACCGCAACGCUCAAAACCCCGAGGGGGAAAACAGAAGGCGAAACCAGCGUCGGCGGAUGGAGCACGACAGGCACCAUGGACGAAGUUCGGGAUUACCGAGGACAUGUUCAAGUUGCGACAAAAAUGGGGAUGCUGUUUGUGGUUCAAUAGCACCAAGCACAUCACCAGUGCAUGCCUCGACAAGGACAAAGAAAAUGUCAAGCGUCCUGGCUCGACAACACUUCCCAGUCCGCCGGAGUCGGCUGCCUUGCUAGCAGCCUCUCUCACAUCCGGGGACACCGCGACAGUCGCAAGUUCUCGCGUUGAGUACGAGAACUAUGCUGUCGAGCUGGUCCCACCGUUGAACCAGCCUCUCCACGUGCAAGAUUCAAGCGUAUGCGCGGCAGUUCCGCCUUCGGACAAUGAACCGGUGGCUUCGCCAGCCAUCUUAUCGAAGGAUCCGUCAACUUGGGCGAGACUUGAGGAUCUCGACCCGUUGACGGUUGAGGACUUCCAAUGGUUGCAUCUGCCCUCCACCGGUUCUUUGCCAACUCCGCAUUGCAAUGCCUUAAUGGCACAUCUACACGAAUACUUGCACGCUGCAAUCGACCGUGACUACGCAACGCAACGGUACGUCGACAGCGACGCACCGCUCCUCUACAUCCGCAUUCAGAUCGGAAAGGCGACCUGCAGUGCCUUGAUCGAUUGUGGAGCGACUCGCAACUACAUCAGCCAAGACUUCAUGGCACGCGCCGGGCUAGGCCCGCGCGUUCGAAGGAAAAGUCAGCCUACGCACGUCACGUUGGCCGAUGGUCACACACAAAAGUCAAUCGACCGAUGCGUUGACUCGGUGCCCGUGUACUUCGCCCCACUAGCAAGCGAGGCCGUGUCCCUCGACAUAUUGGACACCAAGUUCGAUAUGAUCCUAGGCAUGUUGUGGCUGCAAAGCGAAGACCAUCCGGUGAACUUCCAUCGCCGCACCGUUCACAUUCGUGAUCGGCAUGGCGAACUAGUCCCGUGUACGGUGCCGCUUCCUCAUCCUUCGAUUGGUUGUCACGUGGUAUCCGCGGCGAGCAUUCGCCAAUCCAUCCGGCUAAACGACAUCGAGGAGAUGGGCAUAUGUUUUCUUCACGCCCUCCCACCCGGUGAUCAGCCCAAGACGGAUACGUCGGACCCUCGCAUCAUUGAGCUGUUGGACAGCUAUGGGGAUGUCUUUCAAGCUCCCGCCGGAGUCAUACCGGAUCGGACCAUACGUCACGCGAUCACUCUCAAGGACGACACCGUACCUCCGCGCGGAUGUAUCUACCGCAUGAGCGAAAAGGAACAUCAAGUGCUUCGAGCACAACUAGACGACCUCUUGGCCAACGGCUGGAUUCGCCCUAGCUGCUCGCCAUACGGUGCUCCCGUUCUCUUCGUCCGGAAGAAGAACAAGGACCUUCGGUUGUGCAUCGACUAUCGUAAACUCAACGCACAAACGAUCAAGAACGCCGGCCCUCUCCCUCGGAUCGAUGAUCUUCUCGAGCGACUCGGCGGCGCCAAGUACUUCUCCAAGCUAGACCUCAAGUCCGAGUAUCACCAGAUCGAGAUUCAGCCAAGAGAUCGGUACAAGACCGCAUUCAAGACGCGGUAUGGGCACUUUGAGUGGAUCGUCAUGCCUUUCGGUCUCACCAAUGCCCCGGCUACUUUCCAAGCGGCUAUGACGACGAAAUUCCGCGACUUGCUCGACUGCUCCGUACUCAUUUACCUCGAUGACAUUUUGGUUUAUAGUCGGUCGCUGGACGAGCAUCUCAAGCACCUUCGCGCCGUAUUGGAGCGACUUUGUAUCGCCAAGUACAAGGCAAACCGCGACAAGUGCGAGUUUGCCCAGCAAGAGUUGGAGUACUUGGGCCAUUACGUCACGCCGCAAGGCAUUCGUCCGCUCGCGAACAAGUUACAAGCUAUUCAAGAUUGGUCGGACCUCAAGUGUACUACCGACGUCCGCUCCUUUCUCGGCUUGGCAUCGUACUACAUGCGCUUCGUCAAAGGAUUUCAACGCAUCGCUGCACCAUUGUCACGACUUCAGUCCCCCUUGGUGCCUUUCGAGUUCAGCGACGAGGCCCGACAUGCGUUUCACACGCUGAAGACGGCUUUGCUUCAAGCUCCCAUCCUAAGCAUCUAUGACCCGACGUUGCCUACCAAAGUGACUACGGACGCUUCCGGUAACGGCAUUGGCGCGGUUUUGGAACAGCAUGACGGCACAGACUGGCAUCCGGUUGAGUAUUUCAGCCAAAAGGUGCCGCCCAUCAACACUCUUGAUGAUGCGAGGAAGAAGGAACUCCUAGCUUUUGUCUCUGUACUUGAGCGUUGGCGUCACUUUCUCCUCGGGCGUCGGCGAUUCACGUGGGCAACGGACAACAAUCCGUUGACAUUACAAGACGCAAGACACGACGCCGCUUGCUCCCCUGCUUCUACACGGAAGUACAGGGAACUACUGGCCAAAGCCCGCGCUAACGUGCAAAAGGCUCAGGUCCGUAUGCAGCGGCAAGCGAACCGGCGUCGCAUCUCAUGUCCAAUUCGCGUCGGCGACCUAGUUUGGGUCACCUCCGAGGAAUUCGCGCUCGAGCAGGACGUCUCGCGCAAGCUCCUCCCGAAGUGGUUUGGACCAUGGAUGGUCACUUCAGCAGCUGGCAACGACCCCGCGGGUCCAUCACUCAUCAUUGAGAUUCCCCCGCAUUUGACGGUACACCCGAUCUUUCACGCUUCGAAGCUGGCGGUUUACACUCCAGCCUCCGCAGCGGACUUCCCGGGCAGACGGUCACAGGACCCUCCUUCAAUGGAUGGCCAUCAGGAGGUCGACCGGGUUCUCACGCAUCGCAAGCAUGGCAACAAGCCAAUGCAGUACAAAGUUACAUUCAAGCAAUGCGAUCCGAAUGACACACGCUGGAUCUCAAGAGCUGAUAUGAAGGCAUCAGCACCCCUCGUCUUUGCGCAUUAUGAAAAACAGCGACUUGCUAAGGAAGCUGCCCAACCUGCCCGCCCUGUACGGACAUCGGACAGACAGCUUCGCCCUCGCAGUUAGCUCGGUCCUUCAAGGGGGGGAGUGUGUGGCAUACUGAGCCACUCGGGCCCCAGUUAGGGCCCGGUUCCAAG